CUUUUUACGUGUAACCGAAUUGACACAGCUUACAAGAGCAGCGAUACAUUAGAAAUUCCGUCGCCAGCUUCCUUUGCAUGGAGAAGUGGCGUCCGGACGGCGGCGAAAGCCCGACUAUGUCGGAUAUAAACACGGAAGCAAGUUCUGGCUGUGAAGAUAUACUAGAUUACGAGGCAACUUCUAGUCGGCGUGGCACUUCUGCACCCAGAGGGGCAACUUCCGGGUCUCAUGGAACUUCCGGUUCUGCGUCUCAUGGUGACCCAGCACGAACGCCAUACAAGGCAUGGAGCAAAGAGGCAAAUGAUCAAUUACGAGCUUUGGUCGAGACCCAUGGCGCAAACAAGUGGACAGAAAUAGCUGCCAGCAUGCCAGGACGCACGGGCAAGAGCUGUCGCCUCCGGUGGGUCAACCAGCUGCGAGGAGACCUGCUGAUGGGUGCCUUCACCCCAGCCGAGGACCAGCGGAUCGUGGAGAUGCAGGCUACGUACGGCAACAAGUGGAGCGCCAUUGCUAAGGAACUACCCGGCAGGACCGACAACAUGGUCAAGAAUCGAUGGAACUCCUACCUCAAGCGCCGCGUGGAAAUGGGUCGGGCCAUCGCCCUGUCCCUCGGCUUGGGUUUAGGUCUGGCCCCUAAUGCCACGGUCGUUGCGACGCCUUCCGGGCAAGCCGUUGCUGCAGCGGCCGCGCUGCAAUCCCAGCCUGAGCCACACGCCCAGCUGCAGCAUAGGCCUCCGGCUGCCGAGAAGACGGCGACGACGACGCAAUCUCCGCGGCGGCGCCGCAGCCAUGACGGCUGGUCGAAUGCCGCCGGCGAGGGCCGGGAGCGGCAGCGGCGCAGCAUCGAGCACCAGGUGUGCGGCCCGACAGCCAGCGCCCCGGCCAUCUCCAGUGUCUCGGGUGGGGGCCGCAGCGGCGGGCGCCGACGCAGCAGCAGUCGAGGAGCCGGCAGUCGUCAUGGCGGCAGCCGGGCGUCGGGUGACGGUAGCCUACCGCCGGCGAUGCCUAACGCAGGUGUAGCGGUCAUGCUCCCAAGCGUCAACCCUGUGACUGCGUUGGUGGGCGGCGGGACUGCUGCUGCUGUGGCCUGCAGCAGCCCCUUUGCAGCGCUCUACACGGCUGUUGCCUCGGCACCCCAGACCGCAGCCGCCCUCCCGGCGCCCGUGGUUGCGGCCUCGGCGCCGUCUCAGCCGGUGGCAGCGGUACCCGCGCUGGCGCCGGCGCCCCUGCCGUACACCUUGUGCCACCCGGCGCCUGUCCUGGGUGUGCCUGGCUUCAUGCCCAGCACUGCGGGAGCCGCGGGGGCUGUGCAGGCCAGCGUCGCGGGUCUGUCGCCAGCCCCGUCUGCAGGCCCCACGCAAGCUGCUGCCCCUGCUGCUGCCCCCAGCGGGUACCCAAUGGGAUCGCUGCUGCCGGGCGGCAUGGCGUCAAGCUCGGCUCAGACACCGCCCCCGGCACCGCUGGGUACCUCCGCUGCUGGCAACACCCCACACAGUGCGACCCCAGCCCCCACACCACAGCCACAGCAGCUUGGCAUGCAGCUAGGUGGCUUUGGAGGCGUGACGGGUGUUGCCGUGAACUACACCCCCGCGCUGCCAGUUAACGUUGCGGGCUUUGGUAGCGUCUCGGGCGCGCAGCUACCGCCGCUGCAACCUCAGCAGCAGCAGCACGUGCUUGGGCAGUGGAUGCAGCCGAUGGCUCCGGCACAGCCCCCGGCAGCAGCAGCAUCUGGGUUUGCGGGUACACAAGGGACACAACAGCAGCAGCCGCAGCAGCCGCAGCAGCAGCUGGACGCUCGGGCGGCCCUGCAACAGCAACAGCAGCAGGUGAUGCCUCCCCCGCAGCCACAGCAACAGCAGCCGCAGGUGUUGCCUGCGCCUCAGCAGCCCCAACAGACCCAGCCACAGCCGCAGAUCCAACACCCCCAGCUACUGCAACACCCACAAAUGCCACAGCUGCAACAAUAUCAACCACAGCAGCCCUUGCCGCAACAACAGCCCCACAUGUUUGAACCUCAGCAGCAGCAGCAGCUACAGCAUUCGCAACUGCAGCAGCAACCGGUGCAGCAGCAGCAGCAACAAUUGCCGCAGCUGCCGCAGCAGCAACCCGUGCAGCAGCAGCAGCAGCCGCUUCCACUGACGUUGUUGGCAAACUACGGGCAUGCGGCUAGCCUUGCGCAACCCCAACCUCUUCCUCAGGCCCCCCAAGCCGCACUGCAGCCGCAGUCCCAGCCCUCGCAGCCCCAGCCCCAACCCCAACCCUUCAUGCCACAGCCACCACCACAACCGCAGCAGCAGCAGCCUGCGCCGGCACCACCCGUGCUGCAGGUGGAGCGGGAUGGCAUCAAUGCGCAGCGGCUGGCCCUGCUGCAGCAGUACUUCAUGAAGCACCUGCCGGCGGAGCAGGCCGCCAUUGCUGCCGCGGCCGCGCUGAACCUCUUCCACCAGACGGCAGCGGCAGAGCAGCGCAUGGCUGCAGCGGCAGUGCAGCAGCAGCAACCAGCCCAGCAGCCGGCGGCUUCCACCUCGGCCUUGGUGGGGGCUUCGCUGCCGACACAGGCAGCAGCAACGGCGGCGGCGCUGCCGCCACCGGCACCCUCUGCGGCGCCGGCGGCAUCAGCGACGGCUGGUCUGCCUCCCUUGCACUCCGCUUCCGCCAGCAGGCCUCUUGCCGCCCCGCCGCCAUCCAUGCCCAAGCCCAUCGUCUCGGCCUUUUCCUCCCUUAGCGCGCAGCGUGGAGACGCCGCUGCUGCUGCUGCCGCCGACAGCGCGCUUCCGAACAAGCGAAUGCGGACGUCCCUAGAGCGCCGUGCCACGGCGCCAGCUGAGGCGCUGAACGCGCUGGAAAUCCGCUCCGACUCCCCGCGUCGCCCCUUGGCUCGCACGUCCGGGCUGGAGCGUGAGCCAUUGGAGCCCUCCCUCAUCGCGCUGCGUCAUGCGGGCUCGGGAUCCCUGCGUAGCACUGGAGGGCUGGGCCUUUCCCGGCGUGGCUCCCUGGAACCAGGAUCCGAAACCAGCUCUGGAUCCAGUCGCGGCCCGCGGGUGACCCUAGCCAGCCGCUUGCAGCAGCUAGAGCAGCAGGAGCAGGCAGCUGCGCAAGCAGCAGCGGCUGCUGCGGCCGCCGCCGCGGCAGCACAAGCUGCGGCCGCGGCUGCGGCUGCUGCAGGCCCAGCUUCCGGGCUGCACCAUGCGAUGCCCGGCAGCGGCGGGCUGCACCUUUCGGAGCUGCUGCUGGCGCCGCCCAUUCGGGAGCACCGCACCCCGCAGGAGCUCUUCAUCAUGAGCUCCGGCUCCACCAGUUCCAGCGGCUCCCCGCCGUCCAUACUCAGCGAGCCGCAACAGCAGCCUCAGCAGCAGCAGCAGCCGAUGUUGGUUCCUCAGCCAGCACCUACCUCGGCACCUGGUUCAGCAAGGGAGGCUUCUUCAGCCGCCGCUGCUGCCGCAGCGGCGGCGGCAGCGUCCGCUGCCAUCAACGCUGCGACCUCUGCAGUGGUUGCCAACGGUGGGGGGGGUUUUAGCAGCUGGCCGCUGCCCUCCGACUCCUCCGCGCCUGCCAGCUCUGGCUCGGGCGAGACGGGCAGCCCAGGCGCCAUGUCGCAGACCCCGGAGACGCAGCACACCAGCAUGCAGGCUCCCUCGCCGCCUGUUCCUUCCUCCACGCCGGCACCGGCAGGCGGCAGCAUGGACGUGCUUGCAGCACUGGGGCUUAACUUUUCCAGCAUGCCGCCUCCGCCACCGCCGAUGGCACCGCCGCCGCAACCCGCUCCCCAGAUGUCCAUGCAGCCGCAGCCGGCAGCGGCGGCCCAGAUGCAGCAGCAGCAGCAGGAGCCCCGGCCGCAGCAGAUGCUGCACGCCAGCAGCGGUGGCAGCAUGGCCGCUCACAUGGCGCCCGGGGCGGCGCCAACAGCGACCACCGGCGUCUACCCGCAACCACAGAAUCCCAGCACGCAACAAGGUCACCACUACCACCACCAGCAGCAGCUGCAUCAGUUUCAACCACAGCAACCACAGCAGCAGAGCAUUCCUCAGCAGCCGCAGCAGCAGAUGCAGCAGCACCCUUUCGCUACACUGCAGCCGCUGCCCCAGGCCGCUACCAUGGCUCAAGCUGCACCUCCGACUGCUCCGGCGCCCGCGGGUGGCGCUUUGGACUCGAUGGUCUGGGAAUCCUCGGGACAAACCCACAACACCACGGGGGCUCAGGCGCCGCAGCAGCAACCCAGCCUUGAGAGGCAGCAAGGCUGGGGAUCCAUGGCGCCCACACCCGCUCCUCCCCCAGCUUCCCCCUUCACUGCCGCCGCGGCGGCGCAUGGAGGCAGCGCCGACCCCAGUGUCGGUCCUGCGGGGGGGGCUCCCCGUGUGCACUUUGAACUGCAUGUGCACUUUGAGCAACACUCGCACCAGCAGCUGCAGCUACAGCAGCAGCCUUCUCUGGGGCAGCAGCAGCAGCACCAACAGCAGCAGCUGCAGCUACCACAGCCACCACAGGAACAGCAGCAGCAGCAACAACAACAGUCCUCACUUCUUCACCACAACGACUCCAUCUCGGCCUUCAACACGGCUCACGACAGCGAGGCUCUGGACUUUUUGGAUCUGGGCGGUCCGGGCCUGCACCUGCUGGGCGGGCUGCUUGCUGACUCGACCAACAACAUGAGCAACCCGCUGGGCAUCCCCACACCGGUGGACAUGUCUCCGCUGACUGGCAGCAUGAGCGACCUGGCUGCGGCUGCUGGGGGCGGCGAGGCGGUCGAGACUCUGGCGCCACCAUCACAGCAACAGCAGCAGCACCAGCUGCAUCAUCAUAGCCACCACGACCAUCGUCAUGCAGCCCAUCUCCAUCACCACCAACAGCACCACCAACAGCAAGCCAACCAGCUGCUGCAGCAGCACCAGCAGCAUGAGGGGAGUGAAGGCGGUGGCGGCGGUUGCGGUGGCAGCGAUGCGGACGUGGGGCAUGCGGCGGCGGCGGAUUGGCACCUGGAGAGCUUUAUGGACGAGGAUAAGGCACACAUGAUGCCGUGGACUCCUGACCCGCAUGCCUGCAUGGGCGCCGACGGUGGGGGUGGUUUGGUGGGCGGGUGCGGAAAUGGCGGCGGUCAUGGCCACGAGGAGACUGGUAGUGUUGGUGGUCUGGCGGGCGGCUUUGGCGCCCUUCACCGGUGUUAAUGGCUUGGCAUGGGAGGAGGAUGUUGAUCAGGCACAGGCGCCCAAGAGCGCGGAUGAUGUUUUUGCGGUUUGCAGCAAUAUUCCUUAAAUAGUACUUGUAUUUGGCAUAUCGUUGUGGUUUCGGGUGUGGAUGCCCAUCGUUGGUUGGCUUGACACAUUGCGUAUUCUUGGGUGUCGGCGUGAAUGGGCCGGGGCAAAGGAUUUGUAGACGCCAUAGCGUUAAAACUACUGGGGUAAUAAAGCGCUGGCGGUUGGGGAAGCUGGUCUGCGGUGGCGCCCGCAACGGGCGUUUGCGUUCUCCCAAAGCGGGUAAAGCGUUUCGCUGUUUGGCUGUUUAUUCUUUGGUUUAUUCCGGGUUGUUUGGUCUUCAACCCACGGCCUUUCUGGAUGCUGGCCUGUCAGGUAAAGCGGCUCACAGGAACGCAAUAAGCCAUUGCUGAAGGGUUUCCAUCUUUAGUUUGUUUUUUGCUUGGGAAUUACAACUCAAGUACGAUGGUAAUGGUUGGAUAAAUGGAUGGAUAAAUGCGGUGUGCCCGUGCCGGGCCCGUCACGACAUAAAAAAAGCUGCCAAGCAACGUUCAAGCGGAUGCGCGCGACGUUUCACCUUUUUUUGUUUAACCGGGUUUUGAUCGCGUUUUGGUUCUCGAUCGAUGGCUAGGUAGGAGUAGCAGGAGGAGGAGGGCGGUGGCUGUCUGGGGCUUGCAUGGAUUGCAUAAGCCCGGUGGUUGGGAGAGCUCAAGAGUGCGUAGGUUUGUGCGGCCCAUCCCGUCACUGGAUGAAAGCUGCAAGUGGUGCCUGGUUUUGGGGCAUGCAAGAGGCAAGAAUGGAUAAUGAGGGUUGGUAUGGCAUUCGGGUGGCUAUCUUUGCUAGUGAGUAAUCGGCUAGUAGGUUGCAAAGACAAGGCCGUAUGCCAAAGGGGCGGGACGUGCGCAGGGGGCGUGCCGCAACAUGCGACGUCUACCUGGCUCGUCCGGUUCCGACACCUGAUUAUGGACGACCAUUGCUGUCAAGUUAGCGAUCGCCGCAACGGCACGUCUUGGUUUGUCGGGUACCCUUCUGACUCACUGCGCAUCCGUGGUUUCUUCUCGUACGUACGGCACCUAAGGCAUGCGUGCACGAGCGCUAUGCCUUUCAACAAGCCGUUGCAGCGUGCGGACUGCUGCUGCUGUUGCCCGGCGUGACGCAACUUCAUGCGUAGCUGGGCGGAUGGUUUUGUCGAAAGAGUGUGUGUUUCACAGGUCUUGCUGCUAUCGAAUGUCGGGAGUGGAUGGGUGAGACUUGCUGUCUUGUUCGGCGAAUGCAACAGGGGCAGAUAUGGAAUAUAGCAGUAUCUGCUGCCGUGUGUGCUUGUGGAUGUGCGGAUUAUGGACGGUCGCACAGCAUUGCCGUAGCGCAUAUUGCCCACCCCAAAUGUGCGUGGGUAUCGCAACUUUGGCGGUGCUGAAAAAUACAGACCUCGUAAUUUGCGGUAGUGUGUACUGCGCCAACCUCCUCGGCGCCUUCUGGUGUGUGUUUAUGUGUGUCUUGAUGCACGUGUAUGUGGUAAAGAGCGGUUCUUGCAGAUCGUGUAGCAACGGUAAUUUUUGCCAGCUUUGCCUUGUUAUAAAGCUAAACCGUUGUGUUUCUCCUGAGUUGUGGUAGUAUAAGCUACGGUGUGAUGUGUGGGUUGGUACUUGUUAACAACCAAGAGUGCAGGGUGAACGUGGAGGCGCGUGACAGGCGUCAGUGAUGUUCCCAUGUUUGGUGGGUUGGUUGGAUCCAUGCGAUGUGCGGUGUGUUGCGAUGUGCGGUGUGUUGCGAUUGCCCCCUUGUAUGUGUGCGGUUGUGUGUAUCAUGCAGCGUGCUGUCUUGUAGUUCCCAUUACAAAGUUUCACGCUUUGCAGUAAAUGCGCGCGCACGUGUGUCGUCACCCUCCAUGUCCUUCGUGCCGUUCAGUGCUAUCGUCCGCCCCAUGUGCUUUUGCGUGUGUGCAGCUGCCGUGUUAUGUAAAGCCGCUUGCUUGCUAUAUAAGCAUAUACCGUAACGUUUGAGUGCAUGCCUUCAUCUGACCGCGGCAUCAAUGAUGUUGGGAAUGUGGGCGCUUACUUCUUAACGCUUGUGUCUCAAGGAAAAUAUGAGUGGUAUGUCUUGAGGAGUACGUGGUUUGGUGGCACGGUCGCUUUUGUGCCGUCCUGACUUCCGCUCCCUUGCUGGCUUGGGUGUGUAUGCGUGUGUGGAGUGUUGGAUCGCUUAAUCACUUGAUGGCUUGCUAGCUUGAGCGUGUUGUAUAUACUUGACAGCGUGCACUUGUACGCACGGCGGUGUUUCAGUAGGGCGCAUUCGAUCCGCGAGCAUGACGUAGGCCGGGCCUAUGCGUUACGCCCAUCUUGCAUGCAUAUGCGCGUGUAUGUGUGCGUGUGCGAUGACAAAUGAGCAACGACCGGAGAACUGCAUGUUACAGCGAGACUUAUACGUGCAUAUAUCGGCAUGUGCUUUGAGAGGCUCACCGUCUUGUCGUGUUCUGAUGCACCGCCGCUUUGCGUGCUGCUGCUGCUGCUGGUUGUUGUAGUGCUGAGACGAUCUAUAUGCACCUGGGAAAAGUAUUGAGAGUUCUGCAUCUUGUCUCUCUAAAGAGCUGUAUACGAUACGAUAUGCGCGUGUUUGGACCAAACAUGGACUGUUCUUGUAUGCUAUGGGUUGUGUGCUCCUAACCCUCCGGUGAGUUGUGAGUUUGAGCUUGUAUGGGUAGCCUCGUAAGCGAGUGUAUGUAGUGCGAAGCAUAUACAUAAUUGAAAGAAAAUGUGCUUGACGUGGAAAGAAAGAGAUUCC